AUGAUGACUGGCCGUGUGCUGCUGGUGUGUGCCCUCUGCGUGUUGUGGUGCGGUGCCGGCGGUAGGUGUAACGAGGGGCUUGCGGAGGGUCGUGCCGGUGUUUCUGGGAGUGAUGUUGAACCUCCACCGGCACCAACACCACUUGUAACGUCUCCACAAGACACCCAAAGCUUACAUGGUAGAGUAUCAGGUGUUAAAGAAAAACUGUCACCCGCAUCUUCCACACCUACAGAGGAAGAGGAUGAUGAUGAUGAAGAAGAUGAUAGUGAUGAGGCGGAGGCUCAAGAAGGAAGUAUAGAAGGGCAGGGUGGUAAAGGAGGAACAGCUGCAUCAGAGCCAGGUUCCGGGGAAAAGAAUUUAAGUGGCAGUAAGAAGGAAACAGGCCAGGCAAUUGUAUCUGCAGAGGGCAUUUCUCAUUCUGGCAGUCGGGAAUCAAAUGCCAAUCCUACGCAAACGGAAGUUGAAGAAAAGAAGAACACCGACAAAAAUACACCUGCAGUAGAGAACGCAAUCACAACGGGUAACGGGGAGAACACACUGCCUGCGGGAAUUGCGGGAGGAAAUCUUCCAUCACUUCCAGAAGACAGUGUUGAUUCCCACGAACAGGAUGGCGAAGACGCCACGAGUGAAGGUAAAAAAAAUGUUCCGUUGCCUGAGACCGCAGCUACACCACAAAGCCACCAAGAAAACGGCUCAGAAGGGACUGUGGAAGAUACAAAAGCAACGACAGUAACCUCCAACACAACUGAUACGACGAAUACACAAAACAGUGACAGCAGCACCGCGGUCUCCCACGCCACCUCCCCUCUUUUGGUUCUUCUUGUUGUUGCGUGUGCGGCUGCUCCUGCGGUGGUGGCCGCGUGA